CGGGCGCCGCUUCGACCCAGCGCGACGGAGCAAGAUGGCGCGGCGAGGCCCGGCUGCGGCCUGCUCGAAGAACCCCUUUGAGGUGAAAGUCAACCGGGAGAAAUUCCCCGUCUUGGGCCGCCGGGUUCGGCACGCGGUGGGGCUGCCGGGCGUGGCGCGCUCCCGGGCCCACGCGAAGCGCCAGCGGAGCCUGCAGAAGGAGUUCCAGCAGCGGGAGAAGAGCGGCGUCUUCAGGGACCGGCGUUUCGGAGAGUACGAUGGCGGGAUGAGCGCCGAGGAGAAGGCCGAGCGGAGGUUCGCCUUGGAGCGGCAGAAAACGUUUGAAAAGAAAAACGUAUAUAAUCUCAAUGAAGAAGAAGACUUAACUCACUAUGGCCAUUCUCUAGCAGACAUCGAGAAACUUAAUGAUAUUGUUGAUAGUGACAGCGAUACGGAAGAAAAAGGAAUGUUAUCAGAGGAAUUAACCGCAUCUCAUUUUGGAGGACUCCUUUCUAAGAAAAAACCCACAGAGCAGCAGAACGGAGAAAGUCAAAAUCCCAAGUCACGGAAGGAACUUGUUGAAGAGCUGAUAGCAAAAUCCAAAUUGGAAAAGAAAGAGCGACAGGCUCAGCGGGAAAAUACUCUGGAACUUACAGAAAAGCUUAACAACGAUUGGAGAGAGAUCCAAACGCUCUUGGUACAGAGGACUUCCAAGUCAGAGACACAAAGUCAAGUUCAAGAAAAACCCAAGCCAGAUGAAUACGACGUGCUGGUUAGAGAGCUCGGAUUCGAAAUGAAGACGCAGCCCUCAGAUAGGAUGAAAACUGAAGAAGAACUGGCAAGAGAAGAGCAAGAGAAACUCCAGCAAUUAGAGGCUGACCGCUUACGUCGAAUGAAAGGAGAGGAACAAAAGGAGAGCAGCAAGAAACCGAAGCACCUAUCGGCUGACGAUUUGGCAGACGGGUUUCUCCUGACCAAAGACGACCGACCUUUGCUGUCCUACGGUAAUGACAAGCAUGAUGAAGAUGGAGAGGAGGACAGUGAGAAUCAAGAAAGCGAAGAAGAGUCUGACACCGAAAGCGUUAACGAUCCCUCCGAAGGUGACGCCAACAAAGAGACGGUCCCGGGAAAGAGGUUUCCAAAAAGCCAAAAGACAGUCAAGAAGCCAAACGCCCUCAGAGAUAAAGAGGCUGCUCAGCUGGAGUUGCCGUAUUUGUUUGCUGCGCCUGAAUCGUACGAGCAGCUUCAGUCUUUACUGUUGGGAAGAACCACAGUAGAACAAAUGGACAUCGUACAGAGAAUUCGGAAGACGAACCAUCCCAGUCUCGCCGUAGGGAACAAAGCCAAGUUAGAAAAACUAUUCGCGUUCCUUGUGGAGUACGUUGGCGAGCUGGCUCGCGAGGAGCCGCCAAAACUGAAAUCCAUUGACGAGCUGAUCAUAGUCCUCUAUGAGCUUUGCCAGAUGUUUCCUAAAGCAGCCGGCGAUCAUAUGAAGCUCCUCCUUCAAGAGGCCACACACAGCAUGGAAGAGAUCGCAGAAAGAAACGCUCUGCUAACAUUCCCUGAGUUGGACAUGCUCCUGUAUUUGAAAAUUAUUACCGUUCUUUUUCCAACUUCUGAUUUCUGGCACCCGGUGGUAACACCGUCCUUGAUUUACAUGAGCCAACUACUUACAAAGUGCGCCGUAAGAACGGAACAAGACGUUGUGAAAGGACUGUUUGUCUGCUGUCUCUACCUGGACUACACAUCCCUGUCUCAAAGAUUUGUCCCAGAAUUGGUCAAUUUUCUCCUGGGAGUCCUUCACCUGGCGAUACCUAGCAAGGAAGCUCAAGGUUAUUCUUUGCUGCCUCCUUUUGUGUCCCUAGGAAAACAUUCCAACUUGCUUGUGGUCUGUGAAAAAUCAGGGACAGAAACAUGGGAAAAACAAAACAUCUCGCUCCACAUUUUAAGUAGAUCAAAAGGAAAAAGCAAAAUAGAUACGAAUAAUCUGAGACUGUCAUGCGUGGCCCUGGCUCUGGCUCUGGUGAAACGAUGCGCCGUUCUUUACGGGGAGCUUCCAUCCUUCCGUGAAAUUUUGAGUCCUGUCCGGUUGCUGCUUUCCUCACUCGUACUUCAGGCAGCCAAGUAUCCUGCCCAGCUUCAAGAGCUACACCAGAGCGUCCUGGAGGAACUCGACGUCCCGAGGCCGUACAGCCCAUUGGUCUGCGACAAGAGGAAACCGGUUCCUUUGAAGCUGUACACUCCCAAAAUAGUGAAGGUGCUGGAAUUUGGACGGAAGCAAGGGAGCAGUAAGCAAGAGCAGGAACGGCAGCGCCUCGUGCACAAGCACAGGCGUGAGCUCAAGGGGGCCGUGCGCGAGAUCCGCAGGGACAACCAGUUCCUGGCAAAGAUGCAGCUUGCAGAAGUCAUGGAAAGGGAUUCUGAAAGAAAAAGGAAAGUGAAGCAACUCUUCCAAAGCCUCGCUCAGCAGGAAGGAGAUUGGAAAGCACUCAAGAGGAAAAAGCGUUAAAUUAUUCCCAGAUAAUAAUACCUCGGAAGACAAACAAGGAUAUUUAAAUGAUUAGAAUUUCCUGGAACGUUUUGAUCGUUUUUAAAUAGGGGGUACAGUUUUUUUUUUUUCUGGAUUUAAAAAAAAGUAUCAUUUCUAAAUAAAAUUGUAUAAUAUA